GUUGUAUUUUGUAUUAUGAAGCGGAUACCCUAUUAUUCCUUUAUAUUUAAACUGCAAAGAGUAACUGCUUCACUUUGUGUUUGCAAUCCCAACUAUCACAAUCUAGGGUUUUACAAUUUUCCCCAAAACCCUAAUGGCAGAAGAAACCGCUCCAGAAGUUGUUAAUACCAACGCCGCCGUCGUCGAUACCAACAACACCGUUGCAACCGCCGUCGAUACCGACAACGCCGUUGCUGCUGCUGUCGACAUGGAGGUUGAAAACGCUGUUGAUUCCAAGGAUAAACGACCGAGGGAAGAAAACGAACCCAAAGAUGAUAUCGUUCCGAAGAAGGCUAAAGUUGACGAGGAAAAGUCAGUAGAAGAGCAAAGGUUGGAGAAGUUUGAGAAAACCGAAGAUGGAGAAGAAAAGGAAGCAUCCGAUGCUGUGAAAUUGGGACCUAAGACCUUUGGUUCUUCCGUGGAAAUGUUUCAUUACUUCCACAAAUUUCUUAAUGCUUGGCCUCAUAAUCUGAAUGUUAACAAGUAUGAGCACACGAUGUUGCUGGAAUUGCUCAAGAAUGGGCAUGCUGAGUCUGAUAAAAAGAUUGGCACAGGGGUUUGUGCUUUCCAAAUUCGCGAACACCCUCGCUAUAAAAAUAGGUGCUAUUUCCUCAUCAGGGACGAUGACACAGCUGAUGAUUUCAGCUUCCGAAAAUGUGUGGAUCACAUAAGUCCCUUGCCAGAAGGGAUGCAAUUGAAGCCUGAGGGGAACAAGAGGUCUGGUGGUGGUGGAGGAAAUCAUCAUGGAGGAAAUGGUGGCAGAGGAAGGGGUGGAAGAGGAGGUGGCCGUGGUGGUCGUGGAAGAGGAGGAAGGGGGAGAUAUUGAUUAAUGAUAGUCAUCGGUGGUCAGGAUUUUGUUGAGAUCUAAAAUGUGUUCUGUACACUUACUUGGCUGGUGUAUUUCUUGUUUUCUGCUAAUUACUUGAUAAUUAAGAUUUAGGCAUUAUGGUUAUUUAUAUUUUAAGAAAAUUUUGAUAUAUACCAUAACUCUGAUUUUGAAUA